AUGUCAGCACGACACCGGCAAACGGCAUUCAACAAAACAUUCGCCCCCAAACAGAGCUGUGACGCAGUUACGGUGGUGGAUUCUGGGAUAGCGAGCGGUGGAGGUCAGAGAAACUCCAAAAUGUCGGUUGCUGGUCUCACGUCCUUGAGUCGCAGUGGUAUCUUGGCUUUUCGCUCGUCUGCGGGACUAGUGGUAUGUUAACAACCGUGUAAAUAAGUAAUAAGCAGUCACUGUCAGCUAGACUCUCUGUCGGGUGGCGUUUGUUGUUUAACUGAGAUUAACGGCACAGCUUUAAGCGUCACUGUUUGACAGCAGAGGGCUGCGUCUAUGUGCUGAAGUCCUCGUGACGUAGACCAGAUUUUAGCUCGUUAAUAGUGAGCUCUAACUGUGAACUAUUAUAUUUCCGAACCAACAAACACAUAUUUAGAACAUGUACAUAAAGUCGAUCAAUUACUGAGUAUAUUUAAUCAUAAACGUGGACGAUGAAAACCCAUAAUCCACACUCGGUUUGACAGUAAACGAGCCCUGUAAAUACCGCUAAUGUUAAUCAGUCAAUAUGUAGAGUCAUUCAGAGAAAAUAAAAACUAAAAGACACAAUACAAAUGUGUUUAAAGAAAACCUGCAGGUUUAGAACCAUGGUUCAUCAUUUCAUGUCACUGACAUGUUUCCCGAGGGUUAUUUGAGGUCACAGGGGUGAUGUUAUGGUUUUUUUUAAAAAGCUGUUUAGUUUUCAAACCUCACAGACGUCCUUUUAAAGUUGCUUUGUUAUUACCAGAUACAGGGAGAAAGAAGGGCAUGAACAACCGGGUGUUUUCACAAAUUAUUAAUGUACGUAUUCAAUGUAUGCUGUAUUUUUUUUCUUAAUAUAACUUAAUUUUGUUGGAGACUGACUGAUAUUAUUGAGUAAAGGAGAAGGGGUAGGUUUUUAAAAAACGCAUAAUGCUUAAUCCUACUCCUUUUUGGUUGAGUUGAGUUCUCAUUAUUCUAAUUAUUAGUUUUUUUUUCUACUUUUUUGCUUUGAUUAUUGUUAUUGUUGUUUUGAAUAUUCUCACUGGUUAUGCUUGUUUGUUUGCACGCACGUGUUCGAAAAAUGAAAUAAAAUGAAAUGAAAAAUGAAAUGAUUAGUGGUCAAUAUUAUAAUGACCGCUAUGUGAUAUGCUGAUAUGUGAUAAUGAAGUUGUGUGAUUAAGAUAUGAAGCUGUUUUGCACACCUCCUCUAAUGUUCUCAAAGUGAAUCCAAAUAGCUCUGUAAAGAUUUUUAAUUGUAGUUUAAAUAUUUUUAACUCAGUUAUAGCACUUACAUGAUUAUAUGCCAUCUGUAAGAAAUUCUAAAGUUCGCCAACACUGAAGCUGGGCACAGAACAGGAGGAUAAGGUUCACAUGGAUUUGACCACAAUCACAAACACAGUAUGGGUGCUCAGUGGUUAUUAGGUGGGCACAGUUUUAACUUUACCUAAAUGAUUCAACACCAGAUCCCAGACAGAAAAUAAUUUGUCUCUCGACCCUCUGAGAGUUUAUUUGAUCUUCUCUAAUUGUAUGAAUUGUGUCAGGUCACUAAACCAUACACUUUGGGUGGGUUUUUUGAUUUCCAAUGUAAUAAAUUUCUUCUUUGUUUUUAAAACUUUUCUGGACAGGAUGUUUAAGCAGUCUUGAGACCAAAUUCUUGUGUCUUUCUCCUCAGGCAGUGCGUUAUGCCCAAACAGCUGCAGCUCCUGCAGCUCAACCAAGAAUAAAGAAGUUCCAGGUGUACAGAUGGGACCCAGACACUCCAGGGGACAAACCCCGCAUGCAGACCUACGAGAUUGACCUCAACACGUAGGUGUCAGUUUUACUCUCCGCCAUGAGUAAGACUAGUCUGUGAUUCAUUGUAUGGACUCUAUUGUUGUGUUUUGCUUUGAGCGAUAUUUUGGAGGUAUUUGUCUUUUAUUAAAGCAUAGUUUAAGAGAGAAAAAAAAAACAGCAAAAAAGAGGGUGGGGUCACCUGCAUUACAGGUUAAGGCUGGGAGUCAAACCAGCAGCUGAUAGGGCAUCUAUUCUACCAGUUGAGCUAUACCUGUGUCCUGCAUCAGCACUAAAUUAUGUAGAAAAUAUGGCUGUUACAAGUGCACUGCUGUAAAUUGAUCAUGGUCACUUGCACUGAUGGAGGUUUAUUGCUUUGCUAAUUUCAAAGCAGUUCCCAAACGUAGAGAAACAGAAGCAUUGUUCUGAAAUUGAUGAAAGCCAUAGUAUAUCUGACUUCAGCUAGUCCUUUUACUUUUGUCAAAAUGUCACUACAGCCUCAGAAGUCUUAAUAUUAACAAACCUGCGCAAUCAAAUAUCUGCUCCAGUUCAGUCAAUAGUUUUCUGUUCUGUCUUACAACCUAAAUACUUAACAAUCUUCUAAAAUGUUCAACACAGGAGAAAGCAGACCCUGACAUUUGUGACUUACUGACUCGUUUUGUUUGAUUUUUUUUACACAGUUGUGGCCCGAUGGUCCUUGAUGCCCUGAUCAAGAUAAAAAAUGAAAUGGACUCCACUCUGACUUUCCGCCGCUCCUGCAGAGAGGGUCAGUUACAUGGAAGUUCUCAUAAUUGGUUGCUUUGAAUCCAAAGAGAUAAGAUAAGAUACUCCUUUAUUAGUCCCACAAGGAGAAAUUCCCAAUCUAGAUGUUUGUACUAAUAAUCAAAUGUAGACCACAACUUUAGUCAGCUCUUGAGAUGAUUUGGUCUAACCAAUACUUUAAUGUUUUCUCAUCUUAGAGAUCCUAUUGAAUUUUUUUUACUAUUUUGUUUGAAUGCAGGUAUUUGUGGUUCCUGUGCAAUGAACAUUAAUGGAGGAAACACACUAGCAUGUCUCAACAAGAUCGACACCAACAUUAGCAAGCCAUCUAAGAUUUAUCCUCUACCUCAUAUGUAUGUGGUCAAGGACCUCGUACCCGUGAGUACAUCCGCAUUACACUCUGAACUGAAUUCAUGUGACUUCAUUGAUCCCAUCAUUUUUCAUCUGUAUGUUAAACAAGGAUGUCCGACACGCCUCUAUGAAAUACAGUUUUGUUCUUUUUCUUUCAAAUUCUCAGAAGUAAAAUUGUACUUCCAGUAUGACUGCAAAAUGUUAUGCAUAGCUGAUGAUAUGGAUAACAAUCUCACAAGUGUCCUUGUCGUCUUUGUGGUAUAUAACUGAUACUUGUUGAGCUAAGUUGUGUUCAAAACAAGUUGAACUUUUAUACUUGUAUACCAACUGGAUCUUUGUGCAUCUAUUUUCAUAGGACAUGAGUAACUUUUACGCCCAGUACAAGUCAAUUGAACCCUACUUGAAGAAAAAGGAUGAGUCAAAGGAGGGAAAGGAGCAAUACCUGCAGACUGUGGAGGACAGACAAAAACUGGUACACCAAAGACUUCAGUUUUGUUAAAGAAUGAAGAUCUCCAUCACUUUAAGUCGCAUAAAAUAAGCUCUACUUUUUGCUUUUCUUCUAGGAUGGGCUGUAUGAAUGCAUCCUGUGCGCCUGCUGCAGCACGAGCUGUCCCAGCUACUGGUGGAAUGGCGACAAAUACCUCGGGCCUGCUGUACUGAUGCAGGUGUGUGUUGGAGAACUUUGCAUGUAUAAAUCGCCUGUUACAUCUGCAUGAUAGUGAAAAAUUAAUGGUCUGCUUUAUAUUUACUUUCAGGCGUACCGCUGGAUGAUUGACUCAAGAGACGAGUUCACAGAGGAGCGUCUGUCCAAGCUGCAGGAUCCUUUCUCCCUCUACCGCUGCCACACUAUCAUGAACUGCACCAAGACCUGCCCCAAGGUAACAUGAUGGUGUACAUCUGAAGCCAGAGUUGUUGUUAAGUCACCAAACUUGUAGCCUUGAGUCCUCGGUGUUCAGGUUUGAAUCACCAGACAGAAUGCUAGUCAAGUCCAAGUUAAGUCCUUAGUACCUGUACCUGAGUCAGAGUUGAGUCUGUAUGAUUAAUAUUCUUAGCCCCAAACCCCAAAACAUCUUUUUCUGUAUUUUCAUCAAGAGUUUCUGAAGCAUCGUUUCCUGUUUGUCUUUUAGGGUCUGAACCCAGGCAAAGCGAUAGCUGAGAUCAAGAAGAUGAUGGCCACAUAUAAAGAGAAGAAGGCUGCUGCCAUCUGA